UUGGCGGGCUUGGUUCACUCCACGCCACUUCGCGAUACGACUCAUCGGCGGGCGUCGCUCAGCUGCAGCAACAGCGGCCGGCCAGCGAGACAAAAGAAAAACCCACAAGCCAUGUCUGGACGAGGCAAGACCGGUGGCAAAGCCCGCGCCAAGGCCAAGUCGCGUUCUUCCCGCGCGGGCCUGCAGUUCCCCGUGGGUCGCGUUCACCGCCUCCUGCGCAAGGGCAACUACGCGGAGCGGGUGGGCGCCGGCGCACCCGUCUACCUGGCCGCCGUGCUCGAGUACCUGUCGGCCGAGAUCCUCGAGUUGGCGGGAAACGCCGCACGCGACAACAAGAAGACGCGCAUCAUCCCCCGACAUCUGCAGCUCGCCAUCCGCAACGACGAGGAGCUCAACAAGCUUCUGGGCGGCGUGACCAUAGCGCAGGGCGGCGUACUGCCCAACAUCCAAGCCGUGCUGCUGCCCAAGAAGACGGGCCAGGCGGCGAGCAGCGGCGGCAAGGCCGGCAAGAAGUCCUCGCAGUCGCAGGAGUACUGAGCGCGUUUCCUCCCUGCGCAUGCCCCCCCCUCACCUUCUCUAUGACCGCCUCCAUUCUCUACGACAAAACGACCUCUUCUGCCGCCUUUCUCUACGACAACGCAGCCCGACUUCGCACCGCUCCAUCGCUGCCCCCACCACCACAUGAACUGGGCAGCGUGGUGGGAUGAUGAGCAGAGAAGAUCCCGUGGUCCCUGCCACUGUUCACCUACAAGCUUCGGGGGUGGGGGGGUGAUGGUUGGCAUCGCGGGGGCUGGUGAUGCUCUGUGGGCUUGGGGUUAACGAUGGGAAAUCCGUUUUUAAGGGUGGGAGGUGAUGCGAAUUAACGGAGUUUGAUGUUGACGAGGUCCAGGAGAUAUCGGGAUUAGUGGCGUUAAUUAUAAGUUGGUGAUGUUAAGAGUUAAUUGCUGUGCCCCCCGCCCCCCCUCCUUUCCCCCACGUGCCGUGCUUGUGUGCGUACCACUUGGGCUUUCGUUGCGUGCAACAGCGGUGACUGCGCGUGCUUGCUUAACCGCGGUUGAUUUUGUUUUCAAAAUGACGAUUGUUCUGCGUUUCAACUUGACGACAACGCCCGGGUGGGUUCACCGCUCGGGUGGCCCCAACAUGGGGAAGGGGAGACGCAGUUUCUAUGGGGAAAAUGGCGUGCGCCUAAAACAGCGGGCAAGAUGUCGCCACGCUUUAAAAGCAAAGGUGUGUGGGGGGGGUGGUUUGUGUGGAGGGAAAUUGCAUAAAGUAGCGAGGUUUGCCUACAUAGCGGGGGGCUUAACGAUGGUAAAAGAUGAAGCCAAUUUCUCGGGUGUGCAGUUUUGUUAUCGUUGCUGAUGGGUACAUUGCCGUGUAGUCUCGCGUGAGCGGCUGCCAUGCGAGACCCGUGUUGUCUUUUGAGCAAAGCGGAACGCGAUUGGCUGGUGGAGUAGAUGUGGGCCGAGGUGGUGGUGUGGUUGGUUUGCUGCGGGUUGCUCAUUGAGCCAGACAAUCGCCUAACCCUGUGCCGAAAGGGGGGGCCCCCAGCGCCCACCCAUCCCACGCCGCGCGCGUUGCCUUCACCAAAGGCUGCUCGUUCAUUCUCUUUAUUUCGCCACAACUCUCCCACGUGCCUGCUCCCCUCCCCCGAGGUACACCCAAUAUUUUUCUAGAAAGUAGCCUGUGAGUAAAUCACUUUAGCAAUGCGAUGCCUAUGGCUUUUGGGGCUCACAUUGGCGGGACGGCUAUUUAGUUUAAUGGAGCCGCUGUUUCUUGAGUUGGAAGUUUAGCGCUAUUUCUCCAGCCUCUUCACCUUCGAAACAAUUGUAUGUGACCUCCUCCCACCCAUCUUCCCGAAGCUAUUUCUUAAGAUUUGUUCGUUUGUGGGGGGGAUAGGCCGGGCUCCUAUCCAUAAUGUAGGUUUCUAGAAAGUUUGGCCACGUGGGUUGGGGGAUGGGAGUUUUUGGGGGCGGGGGGGGGGUUAACGUGUACCAGUCCACACCAGCAUAAAUUCUGAACUUGUUGACAGCAACAACUUAGUUAUUGGUCCAGGCAAUGUUGACGUUCUGUGCUUUGCUGCAGUUUUUUGUUUCACACAACUGGUAUUUUUAACCACAGUUCCAAGUUUUUCUGAACGUUUUUGAGCGUUGGUGUCUAUUUACAUCUGGUUUUUAUAAUUACGUUUUAGUUGAUAUUCAAAAUAAAAACAUUUGAAGCAUAAUC